UACGCUAAACCUCCUUUGUUUUGUUUUGUUUUCUUUCCUUUCCCCCGCUUCCCCUUAUUCUAUUGGUGUUUCUCUCUCUGUUUGUCUCUCUGACCUUCAAAGUCCCCCAUUACUAUAAAGAAACCUCCCUUUUCCCUUCUCUCUCUCUCUCUCCUCAAACCUCAAACACUCUUCUUCUUCUUCUCUUCCUUUUUCCCUCCUUUUUCUUUCUUUCUCUUCCUUCUUUCAGAUUAUAUAUAAGUACUCAACAUGUGUUUCUAGGAACUUGCACCUUCAAACAAAACAAACUAACUUCUCUCUUUCUUGUACUCUUUACUGUACAUAUAGAAGAGAAAGUUUAGAGUCAUUUUUUUUUGAAAAAAAAAGAGAGUUUUUGUGAAUUUAGAGGUGUCAUUUUUUGGGGAGACAAACAAGAAAAAAGAAAAGAAGAAAGAAUGGAGAGAAUGAAUUUUGUGAAAGAUGGAGUUUUAAGGUUGCCACCUGGUUUCCGUUUUCACCCAACAGAUGAAGAAUUGGUUGUGCAAUAUUUGAAACGCAAAGUUUUUGCUUGCCCUUUACCUGCUUCUAUCAUCCCUGAAGUUGAUGUUUGCAAGUCUGAUCCUUGGGACUUACCUGGUAAUGGAGAUAAAGGACAAGAGAGGUAUUUUUUCAGCACAAGAGAAGCAAAGUACCCAAAUGGAAACAGAUCAAACAGAGCAACAGUGUCAGGGUACUGGAAAGCCACAGGCAAAGAUAAGGCAGUGGUAACUGGUGGUCGGAGUAACAACAAUUCAUCAUUUAUAGUUGGGAUGAAAAAAACACUUGUUUUUUACAGGGGAAAACCUCCACAUGGGUCUAGAACUGAUUGGAUUAUGCAUGAAUAUCGACUGAUUGAUACUAAUCAAACUCAAAUUACCCCACAAACACUGAAUUCUCCAUUCAAAAAGACCUUGUUACAGAAAACAGGGGAAGCAACAGGUGAUUGGGUGUUAUGCAGAAUUUUCCUCAAGAAAAGAAACAAUGCAGCUACAAAGAAUGAUCAUGAAGCUGAAGAAGGGAUUGUUUGUGAAGAAGAGGAUAAUAAUAAUAAUAAUAAUAAGGUUGAUCACAAAAGACUUGGAAAGCCAGUUUUCUAUGAUUUCCUAGCAAGAAACAGUGGAGGAGUUGGAGCAACAGAUUUGAACCUUCCUGCUCCGUGUUCCUCUUCUUCAGGAUCAAGUGCCGUCACGGAUGUAGACGGCACCAAUAACAACCACCACCACAACCACAACAACAACGUCGAUACCAACGAAGAAUCGUCGGAAGAACGAGACGAAAGCAGCAGUAGCAGCUGCAAUAGUUUCACAUACCUUAGGAAAAAACCUUAACCCUUCAACUAGAAUUUUUAUUUAUUAUGAUUAGUACUAGUAAAAUAACCAAUCUUGAGUUUUUAAAAUUUUAUGUGUUAACUGAGUUUUAGUGUCUUUUUUUUACUGUCCAACAAAGGGAACCCAUACAAGAGAGAAUUUAAUGGUUCUAAGCAAUGGAUAUUUGUGGUAAUUGGCAAAUUUCACAAGUAUUGGACUGUAAGAAACGGUUUAAUCUGUACUUCUAAAUCUUUAAAGAUGUACCAAUGUCAAUGGAAAUCUAUUUCUUGCAA